AUGCGUUAUGCGCUAUGUAACGGAGCCUUUGUUGACUGUAGAGAUGUAGACGGAAACACUCCCCUGAUGAUUUCUUUAAUACAAGGUUUCCUUUUUUUUGCUCUGGAGCUUAUAGUGCACACAGAUACAAAUUUACAUUUGAUGAACAACAUAGGUCAAACUCCAUUUUUGAUAGCAGCUUCCCGUGGUUACAUUGACAUUUUAAAACGGUUGUACCACUAUGGCGCUAACACUCAUGUUACAGACAAUAAAAAACAAAAUGCUUUAAUGCUGGCUUCGAAGAGUGGCCACUAUGUAACAGUGAAAUGGUUGAUACAAAAAUUAGCUGAGAUCAAUCGUGCUGAUGAGCUUGGGAGAACGCCCUUGUAUUUAGCAGCGUCUUCUGGUUGUUGUAAGGUGUGUCGUCUGCUGAUAAAGAAAAGAGCCGAUGUGAAUCUUGAAGACAGAGAAGGCACCACUCCAUUAAUGGUCGCAGCAAAGGGAGGGCAUGUUGAUGUUUUCAAUUUGCUUUUAAAAUCUAAAGCAUUGAUCAAUAAGUUCAACAAGUAUCAAAGAAAUGCAUUAAUGAUCGCAGCUGAAUGUGGGAAUUCUAUAUUAGUCAAAAUCCUAUUAAAACGAUUUCAUCUGAGAAGAGCGAAAGAUGUAAUUUUAUACAAAGCUUUGUUAAUGUCUUCUUUCAAAGGGAAUUCUGAAGUUGUUGAUAUCAUAUUAAAGCACAACCAAUUGAUAAUUCUAAAUAAUGAAGAAUUUUCAGACCGAGACAGCGCUCUUAUGCUUGCUGCUAGUAAAGGACAUGUUAGGAUAAUGGAUUGUUUACUGAAACACCAGGCAAAUAUAAAUUACAUGAAUAAUCAGUAUACAGCGCUGAUAUUCGCAGUGGUAAAUUCACAAUUUUCCUCUGCGGAAUUUCUCCUGGAUCACAUGGUGGACGUGAACCAAUCAGGAUCAAGUGGUAAAACCGCCCUCAUCUUCGCCGCUGAAUGUGACGACGAUAAAAUUGUUCGGCUGCUGAUCCAAUACGGCGCACAGCCCAAUUUAUGUGACAAGUCUGGCAUUACGGCUCUGAUAAUAGCUUGCAAAAAAAACAAUCCUAAAAUUGUGGAACUUUUACUUGACCAUAGAGCUGACAUUAACCAUGCGGAUAAAUUUGGAAACACGCCACUUAUAAUCGCUGCUGAUUUCGGUAGCGAGGAGACCCUGAAGCUACUUCUGAUUAGAAAAGCAAAAGUAAACGUUAAAAACAAUGACGGAUCAACUGCGCUUAUAUUAGCUUCUAAAUCCGGACAUUUCGGAUCAGUAGAAGUAUUGUUACACUACAAUGCUGAUGUUAAUUCCACGGAUGUUAAAGGUCACACCGCCAUGUACCAUGCUAACUUGCAAAGCCAUUCAGCCAUUGUUAAAUUACUGGAGCAGCAUUGUAUUGAAAAAAUAAAAGUAAAGGAACCACAGAAUUAUGCAGCCCAAGAACCUACAGGACCAGCCAGUACUACCGCACCUGUGGUGUUGGACCGAAAUCUAGAUUUUAUUGCCGAUUUAACGCUGAGCGAAACUGCAAACACUGACGCUGAUGUCAUUGAAAGCGAAGGUGAAGGUGCGGUAUCCAGGUCUGUAAACAACUUAUCGCCUACAUCAGAAGAUGGUGAAAGCGUGGAGCCAACUUCUGCAGUAUGCCAGCAGGAUGCUUCUCUUACUGGAGAAAUCUACGACCCUAGACAAGCGAUACAACAUUGUCGUGAUGCUCCCUCAGAGAAUGUACCUAAAGACCCAACAUCUAACACAAGAGAUAAUGUACCUAAACAACCAAUCACUAGUGGAAGUAAGACACACUAUGUUACAACUAUUGAGAUAAAGUCUCCAGCCACGCCUUCAAGAGUGAUUCAAUCAAUAGAAAGUUCGCCAGAUAUGAGUUCUCUCCCUGCUGCAAUAUCGCAGGCUAAUCACUCACAAGCGUCUUCGUCGACUUCUAAUCAGUCCGCUGAAUUAAAACCCACCCAUGACAUCCAGACCUCUGAAAUAACACCUGUCGUCCAGUCAGAUGGAAUAACUCAUGACCUACAGUCCAUGAACAUAGCGUAUGCUGUGAGAGAAUAUCACACCACCCAGCUGAAUAUGAGCCUCAAACAGGCAUCAGAUGUUUUACAUACUCAUCGGUAUGUAUUUUACUUCUAUGCAAUCAAGGCUGACAAUAUUUCAAUCACAUUAUGUAAAAACGUGUAUUUUCGUAACUAG